CAUUUUCCUAACUUUGCACGAUGUCUGAUAAAAUUUUAACCGCACUGAAGAGUUUAUUGUAUUUCUCUGUAGAGAGAUUAAUGGCCUCAUUGUGAUGUUUUAAUUACAUUUAGCAUUUACAUUGAAUUAAAAUAGCCAUGUUCUUGUGAUGCUUGUAAAUCCGAAUCUUACUCGCUCCACCCAAGUACGAGGCCGAUCUUGGGAAAUAUGUAAUUUGGAGCGCGCACGGUGGUGGUAGCAACCUUCUUAUUAUAGCGCAAUGGCAGAAACACAUCAGCAAACGAUACGUGGAUUCUCAUUGAAUAAUUGUUUGGCUCGUGGCUGGGUGAAAGCCUAUGAUGACACACAUUUACAAACAAGCUGAAACCGCAUAAGAGGACAGAUGACUCGACACGAACAGAAUAAUUUUCAUGGGACACCGAGAUAUGCAUCUUUUUGUUUGUAUUCGCUGACUACUGAAUGAAUCAUUGAUCACGGACUGCUAGUUAGCUUGUCGCGCGUUAGCAGGUAGAUAGUCCGGAAUUUCUGGCCAGCUGCAUUGCCUAGGUCCUAUAGGUAUUUGGAUUGGCUGUGGUUGUAACUAUAGCAUACUAGGCUUGGAUACAACAAUCAGGUCAAUUCUAGCUACAUUCAACCAUUCCAUGUUUACUCGGAGGUGUAUCAAAUUGGCUGGCUAGUUAACGAGCUAGCUAGCCAACCACACUGAGUCGGACUGGAUUAUAAUAUUCCACGUUGCUAGCUACUGUAUUGUUUCCCUCCAGGAAUUUGGAUUUAUUUUUCAUUGCGUGUUUAAUAGAACAUUAACAGUACCUAGCUACUUAGCUAUAGAUAUCUUUGGCCCAAUUCCUUUGGAACUUUACGCCGAGAAUUCUCUCAACAGCUAUAUUUAUAAACGAAUUAAUUUAAACCUACUAUAGCUAGCUAGUGUUCUUAGUUUUUCGAUUUGGAAAAUGGAUGCGGGUAUUGAAAAGGAAUGCAGCGCUCUGGGAGGGCUCUUCCAGAUCAUCAUGAACGACAUGAAGGCUAGUUAUCCAGCCUGGGAGGACUUUGUAACCAAAGGAGUUAAGCUACAAUCCCAGCUAAGGGCAACCAUCAUCGUCACAAGCUCCUUCCUGGAUGCCUUUCAGAAGGUGGCAGAUAUGGCGACUGGAACAAGAGGGGCGACAAAAGAGAUUGGCUCAGCCUUGACGAGAAUGUGCAUGAGGCACAGAAGCAUCGAGUCCAAACUGAAGCUCUUCACCACGGCACUAACAGAUACCCUGAUCAGCCCACUGGAGCUGAAGAUUGAGGAGUGGAAGAAGGUGGCCAGUCAGUUGGACAAGGACCAUGCCAAAGAAUACAAGAAGGCCAGAGCAGACAUAAAGAAGAAAUCCUCAGAUACAAUCAAGCUGCAGAAGAAGGUUAAGAAAGGAAAGGACGAGGUGCGCGGGCAGCUGGACAACGCCCUGCAGGAGGUGAACGUGCGCUAUGCUGUGCUGGAAGAGACUGAGAAGAGGGCAGUGUGCCGGGCGCUCAUCGAAGAGAGGGGCCGUUACUGCGCCUUUGUCAGCAUGCUCAAACCUGUGCUGGAUCAUGAGAUCAGCAUGCUGGGAGAAGUGACCCACCUGCAGACCAUCCUGGAAGACCUGAGCAACCUGACGGCCGAGCCCAGCAAACUGCCCCCUGCCAGCGAACAGGUGAUCCUGGAUCUAAAGGGAUCCGAAUACAGCUACAGUUACCAGACGCCCCCUGCCUCCCCCAGCAACACGAUGUCCCGCAAGAGCAGCAUCAGCAGUAACUACAACUCUGUUCGAUACGUCCCCUCUCUGGACUCCAUCGCCACCUCGAUGGACAGCAUUCACCUCUGCCUGCCCUCCAUGGACCCAGCACAGGAGUUGAGCAGGCAGUGGUCGGGGCAGAUCGGGCCGGGCACAGAGAAUGGAACGGCCAAGCCCCCUCCACACAACUCCUACACACAGCACGGAGAGAGAGCUCGCACCAUGUCCACAUCCGGAAAGCUGGCCCUGACCCUGGGCGUAGGGCUCAACUCGGAGGCCCCCCACACCAGUCGCGACUCUCUCCACUGCUCUAGUGGCUACAGCACGCAGACCACCACGCCCUCCUGUUCCGAGGACACCAUUCCCUCCCACGCUGUAAAGAAAGAACCUCCUCUUUAUGACUACGACUACAUCUCCCUGCACGGGGGCGAGGAGUUGCACCGCAGCCCGCCCGACUUCGACAAGUCCUCCACCAUCCCUCGCAACAGCGACCUCAGCCUGCAGUACCGCAAGAUGUUCCAGAGCAAGCGGCCCGCCUCGACCGUCAGCCUGCUCGCUGAGCCCGAGCCGCUGGGCCUGCGCCAGACGCACACUGCCACCAUCCGCCGCAAGCCCUCAUCCAAGCCCACCUACCGCCGUGGCACCAUCAGUGGCGGCGUACCUAUCCCUAUCUGCACCCCCCAGGUUCCCUUCAAAGCCUUGGGCGGAGGUGGAGGUGGAGGUAACGGUGGUGGAGGGGGGAAGAGCGGGAGCGACGAGAACGUGGGGCCUCCAGAGAGCAGUGUGGGGAAGGGCGUGAUUGGCAUGAGCAGAACGGUGGACCACGAGUUGGUCCUCGACAAGCACAGUCUGUGCACUUCCACCCAGAGCCUGAGCGCCAUGCCCUCGCACCACUCAUCAUCCACGUCGCCCUACUACUCUCUGAUCCCGGGCCAGGCGCCAGUGCCCAUGGGCAGCUCAGAGCAGCUGUACCAGCUGGGCAAGCAGCAGCAGUAUGCCCUGCACCAGCAGCAGCAGAAGCAGUACCAGCAUCAGCACCUACAGUACAACCAGCAGCAGCAGCAGUUCCAGCCACCCCAGACACAACAGUUGCAGCCAGCAGCCCAGACGCAACAGCAAUUUCAACUACAGCAACAGUUCCAGCAACAACAACAACUACAGCAACAGUUACAACAGCAGCAGAUGCAACAACAGCAGUACCAGCAGACACAACAACCGCAACAGCAGAAGCUCCAAUAUCAAAAGCAGCUGCAGCAACAGCAGCUCCUACAACAACAACAGCAGCAGCAACAGUUUCAGCGGCAGUCUCAUCUCCCACAACAGUACCACGCGUCUGGGACUGCCAACCAGCUGGUGGAAAGCGGCCACUGCCCUCCCCCCCAGCAGCCCCCUGCCGCCCCAGACACCCAGGACGCAGAUGAGCCCUCGGGUGGUGGAGGUCACAUGGUCACCAUGAUCCGGGGAGUGAAACUGCGUCGGACCCUGACCAAUGACCGCUCUGCCCCCUUCAUCCUCCUGCCCAACCAUUUCAAAUGAGCCCUUCCCUACCAGUGUAGGUUGUCAUCGUUUUGUUUUACGGUUCUCGCUUUCCUUUUAGCCCCGUUUUGAUUACAUUUCUCCUUAGAAAAUAAAGGGUGUUGCCUUUUUGGGCGUUUUGUCUCGGUCAAGGUUUCCCUCUCUCCAAUCAAAUGUCCAGUAGCACUGUGUUUUAAACAGAUUGUUAUGAUAUCCCUCAGAGGGACUCGAAGGUAAAUGCGGCCUCUUUAUCGCUCUGUAAUUUAAGAUUUUUAUACAUACUGUACAAGGAUACGUGUUGGCUAUAUAUACAAGAAUUUGAGUGCAUAAAUGAUAAGUCUUAUGUUUAUAUAUUGUUGAGGGGGGAAAAAAUGCCUUGCUUGCUUAUUAGUCUUAUCACCUGUAUGGUUGGAACCAAUAAAAACCCACACAUAUGUAUAUAUUAGCGUGAUAUGCGGAAAUCUUUAUUGUAUUUUUUAUUAUUAUCCGUGUCAAUGACAAAGACUGAAACAGUGGAUGUGUAAUGAAUGAUCCCCUAGAGGAAAUUAAAGACACAUAACUAGACCUAUAUACCUAUCUAGUCUGCAUCUCAUUCAAGAUGUGAUCAAGUGAGCUCAAUCCCUCUCCAUAUAGUGUAGGGCCACAGUGGCUUUAAAUGCUUCGAGCUUGACUUUGCUAUUUUCCAACACACAUACUUCACCUUUGUGGCGAAGGUGACAGGCUUCUCGCGAUGGAGGUUGACUGUACCAGUGUUUGAGCCAAGGGUCAACAAAAGGCUUUGUGGGGCUUUUGAUAGCAGGGGUCAGGACCACUGUACUGUAACCUUGAGCUGGAUAGUAAAGCCGCCAUUGUGUGGGGGGGGCAAGGAGGACUGCAACGCUCUUAAUCCCUGCUCUCAUGUACGUCUUAAGACUUUCUUCACAUUGCCAAGCACAUUGAUUUAGUGAUGUAUGCGGGGUCGUUUUUCAACUGAUCGCCCUGUUACCCAUAAGUGAUAGCUAUCCUCCCUCUAUCAAGUCUUCCUUCCUGAGGUUGGAGUUCUGGUUAAUGGUCAAGUUUUUUUUUAUGCAUUAUUUCAGGGAAAUCGUCUCUUUUUAUUAUGAACAUAUGGUGCUAUUGUGACAUAUCAAUCCCAGCCUGCACUGCCGCCUCUCCCCCGGACUUACUGCACAUACACAUGAUGCACUCACUGGCCAUAUUAGGGAUUUUAUAAUAACCGUUACCGACCAUGCAAGCUGUCGGAUCAACUAACGGACAGACCAUAGAAGUCGUGAGGAGACUCGCCGUUUCUGCUUUGGCAAUAGUUUUGCGGCUUCAGGAUAGGUGCUGUGGGUUAUAGUGGUUUUGGGAUCCUUCUGGAAUGUGAGCCCUAUUAUAAAUUAUUAUUUGACCAGGCAAGUCGGUUAAGAACAAAUUCUUAUUUACAAUGAACGGACUACCCUCACCCGGACCACACUGGGCCAGUUGUGCACCGCCCUAUGGGACUCCCAAUCACGACCGGUUGUGAUACAUCCUGGAAUUAAACCAGGGUCUGUAGUGACAUCUCUUGCACUGAUGUAGUGCCUUAGACCGCUGCGCCACUCGUGAGCCCUGUUAAUCACAGCUUUGGGGGGGGGGGGUAAUUUGAUAAAAGACAAAUGAGUGAAAUGGCAUUGUAUUUAGAAUUUGUUUACCAUUGUCUUUUUCUUAACUGAACCACUUUAAAUGUAUGGAGUUUUGGGAGCUUUGGGCCUUCUAGCCAUUACACAUAGCUACUCGUUCUUAAAAAUAUCCCCUUAGUCGUACUGUAUAGAGAGGGCGAUGAAACCACAGAAACUACUGUAUAAUAAUGACGACUUCCUUUAAGUGCAUUUCCCUUUUCCCCGAUAUUAAACGGGACUCCGCACCCAGCUGGACUGGGUUAUUCUCUCCUCUGUCUCACAUUCCCUCCCAGUUUGUGUAGGAGGCCCCUUUACCUGACACCACGCAUCGAAUGACCCCAUUGGCCGGUUUAGCCAUUGUGUGCACUCCCACCUCUUCUCUGGCCUCUUCAUGUUGCCGGGGGUAACCCCCGUCCCCCAGAGAAACUACAAUGGCCUCUAAUCGAGGACUUUGUUACAGGAUAGGCUUAUACAACAACACAACUCCUGACUCGAGCAAAUUUAAAGCAAUAUCAGACUACAUUUGAGCCACAGCUUUUAAGUUCAAGGUUCCAAAUGGUAAUUACAGUACAGCGUGCAUAUCUCCCUAACCCCAAAGUAGGUCUGGCAUAGUCAAAUUAUGGGGCAGCUGAGCUGACUGUUCCCUUUCUCCGUUGGGUUAAUUAUAUGUAAUCCGAUAAGGUUUGUGUUCCACUAGAAGAACUCAGAUUUAUUUUGUUUGAGUGAAAUAAAUGAUCCAAAUGAUGUUUAUAUAGACUACGGAGAUUAAAUUAAGUUCUCAGACACUGCUACAGUCCCACUCCAAACCCUGCCAAUCAUCAAGAGUGAAGGGCAGAAUCCUGUUCUAAAAAGCAGUUUCCAAUUCCUUUCUUUGACCUUGGCUUUGUCCCAAAUGGCACCCUAUUCCCUAUUUGGUGCACUACUAUGGGCCCUGGUCAAAACUAGUGCACUAUAUCGGGAGUAGGGUUCCAUUUGGGACAUUGGCCAACAGUCUGCAGACUCUCACCGGCAGUGUGUGAUUGUGUGUGAGAGACUGAGACUUGGUGAGUGUUGACUAGAAGCUUUGACCCCCAAAACUGUCCCAUAGAGCUCCAACUGACCAACCCUCCUCCUGUCCAUCCUGGUUCUGUAAAGGGAGUUGAUCUCUUAUUGUAAAAGCGUUCAAUGUAAAUUGCUAAGUGUCACAAUUGCAUCUGUGUAGUGACGCUGAAGCCUUAAAUUAAAAUAAAUGUGGGUUUUAAAAUAUAAAUGCGCUCAUUGGCUUGUUUGUUUAUCUCAAAGGUGGAAGAACUUCUGUUUGUUUACAGAAGUGGUAUAUACAGUAAACAAACCUCUGAUGGCUUUCUUAAGAUCUGAGAAAGCGAGAGAAAAAAAAUGAUCAAAUAGAUUUGCUUAUACUGCAUAUACAGUACUCUAGGUGUGUGAGAGAGUGUGGAUUUAUUUAGUUAUUGUUUUUGAUAUUUAUAUAUUGGUCCGGACAAUCUAUACACCAAAAAUGAAUAUGUGAACAUGUUUAAGAUCUGAGAAAGAGGGAAAAUGCAAUAAAAUUACUCUAUCCAGUCUC